AUGCGAACCUCACAUCCAUGCGAUGGAUGCGCACUAAGAAGGGUGCGAUGUGCUGGCGGACAGCCUUGCCUCGAGUGCAGUCAUCGAUUGACUUCCUGCACCUUUCUCCGAGUACGACGGAAAAGAGGUCCUAAGGGCCCUAGGCCUGGCACCAGCUUGAAGAUCGAGCAAUUCCAGAAGAUACUGCAAGAGGGUGGCAGCCAGCAACCCGUCCGUACUCAGCCCGCAGACUCUGUCCUGCAGCAGGGCAGCGAGAGUCCCGCAGCGCUUCAAUCAAUUUGUAUCCCCAUUGCGGUCUAUGAGAGGUUCCUACAGAUCUUUCGCCAGCGGUUGUACUCGGUUUGGCCGAUUGUUUCUUACGAUGAUCUUGUCGGCCGUCUCAGAAACAAUCGGGACGACUAUGAAUCGUAUUCACUUGCAGCCGCUCUAUGCUCAGCCGUCAUUGCGCAAUUGCGUCUCCCGGAGCAUGUUGGUCCGUUGGACUACUCCGUUUCGUCUUUCAAGCUGGCGGCGGAGUCGCAGAGACUGAGGCGACUCUUUGACUACCAGGAGCACUUCACCAUAGCAUCCCUCCUGACCUCGUUCUUUCUCCACAUCUACUUCGCAAAUGCUGAGAAGCUGCGUACGGCUGGCUUCUUCCUACGCGAAAGUCUCACAUACGCGCAUGGCCUCAAGCUGCAUCAAACCGAAUCUUAUGCUGGGUUGAGUUACAGGGACAAGCAGUUACGACUACGGGUGUACUGGAUCUUGUUUGUGUCAGAAAGAACGUAUUGCAUCCAGAAUGAUCUGCCGAUAACGUUGCGACCGAUCAAUGAUCUGCCAGAUGCCAAUCCAAAGGACGGAUACGACAGCGCUCCGAUGCCGGCGUUCGUUAACUUGAUACGUUUAUUCUCCUUUCUCGAUGGCGACAUCCUUGGCUGCACGGCUUCACUGAGCGACGCUGCUUUGCAGAUUCGCGCAAAAGCCAAAGUAUCUCAUCUACAGCACAAUCUUGUACAACAAGAUGCGGGCAAAGACCUCGAUGAAUCGCAAAGGGUGGACCUACUAACAACGAGAAACUGGAUUCGGAUUCUCUUGUGGCAGUUCACCAUUGCACAUUUCUCGGUAUCCUGCCGAGCCCAAGACCAGGCCUUUUCAGCAUUACUUCCGGCGACUAUUGCACAGGAUAUGCUGUUGGUGCUUGAUAAGGUGGCUUGGAAGUCCGUGCAGCCCCACGGAUAUGGCAUGGAACUCAAGAUCUUCCGAAUGGCUGACUCCCUUCUUGACGUGUUACUGUGCGCCCCUGCCUCGGUCGGCCCUCGCAAAUUACUGAGAGAUUCCAGGGAAUCACUCCAUUGCUUGGAGAAGGUUCUACUUCAUGUUGGAGGACCAGAGUCGCAGUUCCUAGCUAUAUUGCGGAAGAGAAUGCUUGAAUCUCAGCUCCCUCCUCAACAAACCAUGUGGAACGACAUGAAGAUUUCGAGUUCUCAGUACCAGGAAGAAGAAGAAGAGGCGAUAUCCCCCAGCUGA